AUGGCCUCUCCCGACGAGACCUCGGCUCUCGAAAUCAUACGCCAGCACCUUCUGGACGACCACGCCUUUGCCGAAAAUUACUUUUCCUCCGCACCCCAAAUCUCCAGAACCUUCAGCGAUUCCAGCUCCCUCACUUCCGAAAUCACACCAAUCGACCCCAAUAAUCCCGUUUAUUUCACUUUCGCCCCGAUUAAUUACAACAAUAGCAAUCCAGCCCCGAGCCUCGAGUUCCCAUCCACCCUUUUCACCACCAAAAUCGAGACCGACACCCUCCUUGAGUUCCGACCCGACCCGCUGCCUGCCGACCGGAGGCCCUCACUCAGCGUGGCGAUUCCGCCGGCGGCGGCGGCGGGGAGGCACUACAGGGGCGUGAGGCAGCGGCCGUGGGGGAAAUUUGCGGCGGAGAUCCGCGACCCGAACCGGAAAGGGACUCGGGUCUGGCUGGGGACGUUCGACACGGCGGUGGAGGCGGCGAGGGCCUACGACAGGGCAGCGUUCAGACUGAGGGGCAGCAAGGCCAUACUCAACUUCCCGCUCGAGAUCGCGGCCCCGCGGGAAGCCAAUGGAGCGGCGGCGAUCGGGUGCCGGAAGAGGGGGAGGGAGAGUGGCUGCGGGGAGAGAUUGGCGGCGAAGGAGGUGAAGAAGGAGGAGCGAACGGCGGAGGGCGAAUUAGCGGCGGCGGGGCCGCUGACGCCGUCCAGCUGGACGGCGGUUUGGGACGGCGGAGAUGGGAGGGGGAUAUUUGAGGUGCCGCCGCUGUCGCCGCAUCCGAGCUUGGGGUAUUCGAGGCUGAUGGUUAUCUGA